GUGGUCGCUUCCUCCUCCAUCGGCGUACGUCUUCUCUGUCUCACUCGCACCCUCUCCUGCUGUCUCGCACGCGUCUCUCUCGCACAUGUUUUAGUUCGUCCCGCUCGUUCUCUUAACGUCAAACCACUUAGGGCUGCAGACCUCGCCAGUCGAUCUUUCCUAGUAGCGGCAUUCCGGCAUUUUCCACCUGAUCGCGCGCGCGGGCAGUCGGACAAACGCCAUUUUGAUCGUCGUGUUACGUCGAAUCGUCGUCGCCGUCACCGUCAUCGUCCACUCACGCGUCGAGAGAGUGAGAGAGGAGUCUCGUGCGUGAAACACACCGAGUAACAUUCGCAUGUGUCGUACCGCGCGCGUCGCCUUUGUAACAUCUGACUGUUGCUCCGAAAAACAAUAUACGCACCCGUACGUGCUGCGCACCAAACCGUGAACCGCGCGUUGUUGGUGCGGUGUCGGUUUGAUUUUUUUUAUUUCGUUCGUACGUUUGUUUGCCGUUCAACCGCGCCGGAAAGAGUGCGAGAGAGAGAGAGAGAGAGAGAAAGAGAAAAAGCGAGAGAGUGAGAGAGAGAGAGAAAGAGGGAGAGAAAACGAGCGUGUGAGAAAAAGAGAGUACACUGCCCUCGUGCAUUAGACGAAGAGGGGGUGACCAGAACGGAAAAGGACGCCGGGUGUUGUUUUUCCGUCGCACGGACACAACGAGAGACGAGUCGCGCGCGCGGAGCGAAGUGGAGAGAGAGUGCGUGACCCCGCGCGUGUGUGUGCCAUCGCCGCCGACGUCGUUCCACGCUUUUCUGCUAUAACGUUCUCUUGUCGCCUGGUACGACCUACGUCGACGUUUUCACCGGAGAAUACGACAGGACGCGACAGAUCUGGUUAAACACCACUGAAAAGAAGAAUAAACUGCUAGAGAGGGGAUACAGGAAAGUUGGUGGGCUUUUCUGGAAGUCUUUUUAAAAACCCUAGAAUAUACAAGAACCGCUUCAGUUCAUCUUUGUGCGUGUAAGAGUGCAGAAGGGCAAAUUUCUUCCCAUUAAACCAGAACGAAAAUUUAUUCAACGGGGCGGAGGUGGAGGCGAGGACGGGCGACGAGAGUACGGUGAACCGGAAGCGAACGCGACAGUGGCCGGAUCGCUCGAGGAGGAGUUCGCGGCGGUGCCACGGCCGCGCAUGCUUCAGCAACGAGGCUGUUUAACAGUAGCAACGACACCCGCACCCGCUACGACGACCAAUCUAGCGUCAUCAUUAUCAUCCCCCAACAUGUUUCCGCAGCAGUAUUGCCUAAGAUGGAAAUACCAUCACAGCAACUUGCAAACCAUGUUCUCACAGCUGCUCGAGCGGCAAUCCUACUGCGACGUCACACUCGCCUGCGAGGGCAAGACGUUACGAGCGCACAAGGUUGUACUGUCGGCGUGUAGCACAUAUUUCGACACAAUUCUAUCGCAGUACGAGGAGAAAGACCCCAUCGUCAUCAUGCGUGACGUCAAAUUCUCGGACAUCAAAGUGCUCGUUGAGUUCAUGUAUAAGGGAGAGAUCAACAUCGAUCACACGAGGCUAUCAUCGUUACUGAAAACCGCAGAGGAUUUACACAUCAAGGGUCUAGCCGAGGUGAGCUGGCGCAGCGAUUCCACGCAAAAUGACCUGAACAACACCGGUCACAGUCCCGGUGCUGCGACUCCCGGUGUCGAAACGGUCUUGCGGGAAGGUGAAGCUGAAGAGCCGCCACUUCCGAAACAGAGGCGCAGAGGUCGUCCACCUCUGGACGAUCCACCCUCGGCACACGAUGUAUUUACGCCAAAGAUCACAUGCAUCACCGGAAAUGAGGAAAUGUUAAGCGAAGGCGGCGACCACGAGAGUUGGGAUGAUGACAUGAUGAUGAACGAGAAUAACGAAACACCACUGCCGGUGCUGUCCUACAUGUCCAAGGAUGAUAGUACGUCUGACCAGGAAAAGAAAGCACCUAGCACUCCGUCAAUCUCCAAUGCUACAAAUCCAGCGAUUCCCGAGCAAUUCCGGGACGUGGUAAAGAUGAACGAUUAUUUGACGACGGGGCGUCGACAGGAAUUUUGGGAAGAACCGUUCACGCGACGUGUUAUGGACGCCAUCAAGAGCAAAGAACUGGAGAUGAAGACUGCCGCUGAAAUUCUCGGCGUUUCCUACGGCACUCUCUAUGGCAGAUAUCGCGAUAGUUAUGGUUGCCUUAAACAUCCAUACAGAGUAAGAGAUUUUUGGUCUGAACCUGGUCCUGCUGAAGUGCUGGCAAAAUUACGGCGGAAAGAGAUAACAUUGUUCCGAGCCGCCGAAUUCCUCAAUGUCACCGUCCACACACUCGCAACUUAUCUGUCGACGCUGCAAGGUCCAGACAGGAUCUCGUUGGCCGGCGAUCUGAGCGUGGCGUCUAGCGUCAGCCUCGACGGCAGCAACAAUGCAACGACGGAGCAGACCACGACGGAAAAUAGUGAAUCCGUAAACGACAUCCUUCAGAAAAUCAACGCAAAUGCGGGGACAGCAGCAACACUAACCACGACGACUACUACGUCGAUCAAGCGUGAGGGUGGCGGUUACAUCGAGGUGCCGACGACAGUGCCAAAGGCCGCCACGUCCGUAUUGGAGAACAAUCCGGACAUCACAAUCGUCAAGACGGAGAACAUGUUGCGCAAACGUGAAUACGCGAAAAUGUCCAGUACAGAGAACAACAAUGCGAAACUGAUGAGCGGCGGUGCCGUCAGUGAAAUCAGCCAGCAGCAACAGCAGCAGCAACAGCAGCAACAACAGCAAAAACACACCGAUCCGAUGGCGUUAAACAACGACAACAGCAAACCCUAACUAUUCAGACCAUAUUUGACACCUACCGCGAAUCAUCCCCGCAACGCAGCUCCGAGCAGCACCAACUACAGAUCCGACCUACAGUGCCCGCGCAAUUUCUACUCAAACGUGUUUACUCGCUUUCUCACAAAUUUUCAUUUGAAGUAGACAGGAUGCCCGAAAAGAAUAGCUUUAAACAAUCUUGAGUAUAAUCCGUCGCGAUUUGUGCGGGUCGUGGCUGCGUCGAGGCGGGAAGACAAACUCAGACUCAGCGAAAAAGAAGUGCCACCGCAAAGCGUAUCGCAAAUCGUCGCGAAAGGGAAAAAAAUCGAAAAAAAUAAGCGUACGCUUCGUCGUGCCUUUGAGCCGAAUUCCGCGAUUUCCGCGGACGCCACCGCGACUCGCGUGUAUUUUUCACGUGUUAAUGAAAAGGUAUUAACGUUGCAAAAUCUACUCCUCCGACGAGUUAGCAUUCAGCAGUGCGUAGCUCCUCCUGCUUUUACUUCAGGAUGGGCUCGAUUUGAUCAACACGCGUCGGUAUCGAGCGUGCGUACGCGACCUUAGCCUUCGUCAGGAAAAAAAAGCAAAGAAGCAAAAGGGAAAAACGUGUAAUAAAAAGUUCAAUCGAAGUUCCUUUUGAAUAACGAUGUAGAAUGUAUCAUCGCAACAAAAAAUGCCUAGACUAUUUUCUGCCGCAUGUGUCUGUAUGGUAUAGCACG